AUGAUGAAGAAAGUACUAGUGUCCGUGUUUUUAUCGAUCGUGUUGUUUUAUAAUAUCGUGGACGCGAACGAAUUGAAACUAAAGCAAGUUUUGAUAUUCAGUAGACACAAUGUGCGGUAUCCAGUUGCAGUUGCAGAUAAUCUGCAACGAUAUACACAGAAACCAUGGCCCACGUUAUCUGGACGAAAAGGAGCGCUGACACCUAAAGGCGCACGGCUAGAAGGAUACAUGGGUGAAUAUUUCGCACAAUGGUUCAAUGACAAUAAGUUUUUAACUGCUGAAUGUCCUGCAGACGACGAGGUGUACGUGUACACAAAUACUGCGAGCAGAACUAAAGCAACUGCCCGAGCUUUCCUCGACUCUGCUUUUAAAAACUGCUCCGUGCCUGUACAUCAUAAAAACAUCGACGGCCGGGAUCCUCUCUUCGCACCUUUGGUACACAACUCUACACAAGCUUACAGAGACAUGGUAAUUGAAGAAAUCAAAAGAAAGAUGUCAAACAAUGAGAAACUCAAAAAAGUCUUAUUGGAAUUGAACGACAUAUUGAAUGUAGGAGAGUCAGAUGUUUGCAAAGAGGAUGGGAUUUGUGAUUUGACGGAGCCGAAGAACUCGAUAACCUACGAGGUUGGUAAAAAAGUGUGGGUACACGGACCGCUGAUGAUUGCUAAUUAUGUGAUGGACUUCUUUGUAAUGACUUAUUACGAUGGUUUGCCAAUAAAAGACAUUGCGUGGGGAAACAUCAGAAGUAAAGAAAAAUGGGAAGUAAUGAUGGAGUUUGGACGUCAAGACCAUGACAUAAAGUACAGAACAGUAGCUGAAGAUAUCGGAGCACCAUUAAUGAACUACUUGAGAGAAACGUUCCACAAUUAUGAUAAUAAGCCGAAGUUGAUUUUGUUAGUUGGUCACGAUUAUAAUUUGAAUAGUAUUACAACAAAUAUGGGAUUUGAACCCGUAGAUUUGCCGAAGCAGUUUGAGAAGUUUCCUAUUGGUGGGAAGCUGGUGUUUCAGAGAUGGACAGAUGAUGAAAAUGACUUUUUGAAGGUGGAGUAUGUGUACCCGAGUUGGUCUCAGUUGCGAUGUGGGACAAAGUAUUCUAGCACUGAUCCGCUGCAGAAGGUCGUCAUGAAGUUGAACUGGUGUUCAGACAAGACCGGACACGGGUUAUGUCCGUGGACUGAAUUUAUUAGUAAAGUGUAG